UCCUCUCGCUUGACAUUUUUAGCCUUCCUGACAACACUGCCACGCACUAAAGGCCAAUCAUAGCUUCACAGUUGCAAACCGGAUAUGAUUGCCGACCGGAAGUUACGCACCGACGGGAGUGUCACGGAAGGGCAGAGUGUCUUAACGAAGGCGUACAUCGCUAUGUUUAUUUUAAUCAUCACCGUCACGCAAUAACAAGACCUAAAUUCUGAUACAUAAUCAUCCCUUUGAUACUAUAUAGAAGUGAAGGUUCCAUGAUAUAAAUCACGCCAAAGCUGUCGUACGAAGAACCACUGUCACUUUAUUUAUAAUAGAAGCGGUUUAGGCUGAGGCUGGAAUACUUGAAUGCACCUUCCUCCCCCUUUUCUAUUAUUCCCGGCGGCAGAGUGUUACCGUCCAAGUAGUAGGCGUGUACACGCGUCACUGCCUGUAACAUCACUCCAAUAAAACACCAUGCACACUCACUAUCGAGUCAAAAUCGCACCUACACAGACAUCCGCUUCAUUACAGACAUAACACUUAGUCUCUCAUAGUUUACCCCAACGUCAAAAAGUUGUGUCAUGGGGGCCGUAAAGUGCAUACUGGCCGUUCUACUCGCCGUCCUACAUGUGGUUAUUUGUUUUAAUGUAGAUAUUUCGGAACCGAUCGUGUUUCGCUCACAAGCAAAGAAUGAUUACUUCGGGUUCACAGUAGCUCUGCAUUCGUAUGGUGACGAUAAGUGGUUACUGGUCGGUGCGCCAUUAGCAAAUCAAACCGCGCCGUUUGGUUCCCGCUUCAAGAUACACGAGCGCUAUGGUGGUGUCUUCAAAUGCAGGCCGAGAAAAAAUAGCGCGUGUGAAACCAUCCCUAUUGAUACAACAGAUCCCCUUUACCAGGAUUUCAAUGGUGAGCAGAUUGACAUAGAGGAGAAAGCUGGGCAGUGGCUCGGAGCGUCGCUGUUCAGCACCGGACAGAACGGCAAAGCCGUGGCUUGCGCCCCAAGAUAUACAUUUCGUGGCAACUUCAUCAACAGGCCGGAAAAACGACCACGAAAUGUGAUUGGACGGUGCUUCCUGAUACGAGAUGAUCUCAGAGGGUUACACAAGAGAGUGAGCCCUUGUUACCAUGGAUCCAACGGUCGUGAGCUAAUGUACGGGUAUGGACAAGACGGCAUGUGCCAGGCUGGCUUUAGCACAGUCAUCACAAACGACGACACCCUCGGCUUCGGCGCGGUGGGCGUGGGCUACGGAAAAGGGAUGAUAGGAGCAUAUUUUGAUCGUUCUGACAGCACAGUGUUUGCAAGGAGUAGUGACCUCAAGGUCGGCUAUUUUGGUGAUGUGUUUGGUUAUACCAUGACCGCUGGACGAUUUAAGAGAAGCGGGAAAGAACAAUUGAUCGGAAGCUCACCACGUGCCGACGACAUUCGAGGACGAGUUAUGGCUUUUGAUGUUGUUGGUGACGAGCAAAUCAAAGUUAGCUUUACAUUACCAUUACCACCCGACAAUCAGCCUGGAAGUGCGUUCGGAUUCUCGAUGUGUGCAGUAGAUCUCAAUAACGAUGGUCUGUCAGAUCUCCUUGUCGGGGCUCCCAGAUAUAGCUACGAUAAAGACGAAGGUCGAGUGUAUGUGUACGUGAACAAUGGCCUUGGCGCUCUUAAUCUGAUGGAAUUCAUGACUCUGGACGGAGACAAGCAGAUAAAAGCAAAUUUUGGAUUCUCUAUCGCAUCGGCCGGUGACCUGAACAGAGAUGGCUUUUAUGACGUUGUUGUUGGCGCGCCUUAUGGAGGCCCUGACAGACGAGGAGCGGUCUACAUAUACCAUGGUACAAAAGACGGAAUCGAUACCAAGUACAGACAGAGGGUGACAGCGUCUGACAUGAAUGACCCAGCCCUUAAGACAUUCGGCUACUCCCUGACUGGCGGACUGGACAUGGAUGACAACAGCUACCCCGAUGUAGCAGUUGGAGCAUACUCGUCCGAUCGUGCAGUUUUAUUAAGGAGUAGACCAAUAGUCGAUGUGGUCGGGAAAAUAGAACUGAGCACUAAUCGGAUUAUCUUGGAGAGUAACCAGACCAACUUGUGUACACUUCAGGGAAACCAGCAUAAAUGUUUGACAGCAAGAGUGUGCCUCAAAUACAAACACAAAGUUCCAGUCAGCCAAGGCGUGGAACUGGACUUUUCCCUAGCCCUGGAUCAAGAUCGAAGGACAAUUGAAUUAAGACGGAUGUUUUUCGAUCCGAAAAACACGACAGACAAAGUGUUCACAAAGCGCGGCUCUGCGGUGCUUACAAAAGCCGGCGACUGGCACUGUUUGCCUGAGUACAAAAUAUUCUUGAGGCUGCGCGAGGAGAUCGGUGAUCUGCUGACUGCUUUGACCUUCGAUUUGCAAUACGACCUGAAAAAGAAUGCGAUCUGCGAGGUUUGUCCGAUAUUGAACGACUACGAUGAUGCCCGACAAAGAACCGUCCGGGCAGAGGCUAUUUUCCAGAAACACUGCAAAGAUAAAGUCUGCGUCCCUGAUCUGAGUGUCAGCGGUAGUGCUUCGUUCAGUGGUGGGUUCAAAGAUCUUCGUAUCGGCAUCUCGCAACAGAUGCUCGUCACCAUAACCGUUGAGAACAAGGCGGAAGACUUCGCGUACCCCGGCAAAGUCCUCGUCACCUACCCGUCAUUCCUGGGCUAUGUCGGCGUAGCAGCCAAGCAGGACGUGCAGUGCAAGCGUCUUAUCACUUCUGACGACUUCGAGCAGGCCGUGUGUUUGGUCGGGAUGCCGUUCCAGGGCAAGACAAAAAAAACGUUUGACAUGCUGUUUGCUACCGCUGGAGUCAAAGGAAAUAUUAGCAUGUUCAAAGUCGAUUUAGAAGCAACGAGUCCUGGGGCAGAUGCCAAUCCUUCCGAUAACAAAGUGUCGUUGCAACUCGCCGUAAAGUUUGAAGCGGACCUCAGCAUUUCUGGUGCUUCUCUACCGGACGAAUUAGUAUUCUCUAGUAAAGGAAAGACUUCCGAGGAAGUGCGAACUGAGAGGGACAUUGGUCCCCUUGUCCAGCAGACCAUAAUGGUGAGAAACAACGGUCCCGGCGCGGUGGAUGGGUCAGAGGUAACGGUCAGUCUGCCUUGGAAGAAGAGUGAAGAAGACUUGAGUUACUUACUGUAUCUGCUGAGUGUCCAGGUUCAUGGAAGUGCAGCUACAUGUGACGUCAAGACCAACCCACUUAACAUCAAGAUGAGUAACAACACAGAUAAACCAGCUGUUCUCGAGUCGACAUCACGAGUUGGCGCCAACAAAAGAACGAGGAAAGAAGUCAAGAAGGGCGACCAACUGUCGUGUGAUAAUGUCAAGUGCCUGCUGUUCACCUGUAGACUGGGAAAACUGGAGCAAGGAGAAGGCGCCGAAAUCAUAAUGACGUCACGACUGUGGCAGGACACACUAGUCAAGGCCGGAUUUGGCUCAGUAGAUCUGAUCACCAAGGCGGCGAUUUCUCCGCCACCCUCCAUCACCGAGCCACCGAACGACAACAACAACCAAGUACUGCUUUCCAUUCGUGCUAAUCCCAAGGAGAGUCAGACGCCGUCUGAGCCAACACCCACGUGGAUCAUUAUAGUGUCAGUCCUUGCCGGACUUAUCCUGCUGGGUCUUUUAGUCUUUGGACUCUACAAGGCGGGGUUCUUCAAGCGGAAACGUCCUGAAGAAAUGGCAAAUGACGAAGAGAAUACAACGAAAUACGAGCCAGCGGCACAAGAACCCGAGGCUUAGAACGGCCUUGGACCUCGUGAUUCUAGUUCUGCUUUACAAGAACCUAGGAAAACUGCACUUGCGAGGCCGAGAUAACGGCGACAGUGCUAUUUUAAAACAAUUGAGUCUAAUACAAUGUAAUAAAGAUAGCUCGACCCAGAACAUUAUUAUAAGCCUACAACACGACUUAUGUUGGUGUGGUACUUGGAAAAAGGACUAUUUGAUAACAAGUCUGAAAGAAUAAAGUAUGGCUCGGAUUAGGGAGAGGGUCCAUGAUGGUACCCGAUCCCUCCCUUUUCUGAAAUAGGACAAUCACUUGAGAGGAGCUUGAACGUGAUGAGAGGAGAGUGGAAAUAUGAAAUUAUCCCUUUAACAGAACUUGCACAGUUACAAAAUUAACCAGCACAAGGAAAGUCUAAGACGAUAAGAUUACAUUAUUUUAUUAUCAAAACGGUAUUUAUUUUAAUGUAUUAUAGACGGAUGUAGAUUCAAGCGUAUAGUUCAUUAGAUAAAUGCGAUAAAAAUGUAAAUUAAAUCAAACUUGUACAUUAUUAACAAAUGAUUUUAUUUUGAUUUAUUCGUAAUUGUUUUUUCUUUUUGCAUAAAAAUAAAAAUAAUUAAUGAGAGUAAAAUAGGUGCGCCUGAAAUUCGUAAAUUUAUUCCCAAAUUGAGUUAGCUUCGCCUGUCAAAGCAAAGGAAGUAGAUUUUCGACGCUGUUGCAGAGAUGCAAAGAUUCACUUGUGCUGACGGCGCAGUGGAAACUCUCGUUCUGCAAGAGUAGGUGAAAAUAAAUGAGAUUCCUAAAUGGUA